ACAACUACAAAAACCCCAAUACAGGGGCGGGGGUUCUUUCGGCGGGAUCGCAGUCUUGUAAACUCUACUGCACUCAUCUGCUACUACAAGCAAGAGAAUCAUUUGCGUUGAGCUUGUGUUUGUCCAGCUUCAUUCUCAACUUCUGCUCCUAUGGCGGUUGAUAAACUUUUUAAAGAUGAGGCUACUGAAGAAAAGGGUGAACGUGCCAGAAUGGCCUCCUUUAUUGGAGCAAUGGCAAUUGCUGACUUGGUUAAGACAACCUUGGGACCUAAGGGGAUGGAUAAGAUUUUGCAAUCUACUGGCAGAGGACACAGUGUGACUGUCACAAAUGAUGGGGCAACCAUCUUAAAGUCCCUGCACAUUGACAACCCUGCUGCCAAAGUCCUUGUUGACAUCUCAAAAGUCCAAGAUGAUGAAGUUGGUGAUGGUACAACUUCAGUUGUUGUUUUAGCUGGGGAGCUUCUGAGGGAGGCAGAGAAGCUGGUGAAUGCCAAAAUUCAUCCAAUGACUAUUAUUUCAGGGUAUCGUAUGGCAGCUGAAUGUUCUAGAAAUGCUUUGCUGGAGAAGGUCGUGGAUAACAAACUGGAUGCAGAGAAAUUCAAGGCAGACUUGAUGAAGAUUGCAAUGACUACUUUGAGCUCCAAAAUUCUCUCUCAGGACAAAGAACAUUUUGCAAAACUAGCUGUUGAUGCUGUUAUGAGGCUAAAGGGGAGUACAAAUUUGGAGGCGAUUCAGAUCAUAAAGAAGCCUGGAGGUUCACUGAAAGAAUCAUUUUUAGAUGAGGGUUUCAUUUUAGACAAAAAAAUUGGUGUUGGCCAACCAAAGCGGAUUGAGAAUGCAAAGAUUCUGGUGGCAAAUACUGCAAUGGAUACAGAUAAAGUAAAAAUUUAUGGGGCACGUGUUCGUGUUGAUUCUAUGGCUAAGGUUGCUGAGAUUGAAGUAGCUGAAAAGGAAAAGAUGAGGGAAAAGGUGCAAAAGAUUAUCAAUCAUGGGAUAAACUGCUUUGUUAACCGGCAGUUGAUUUACAAUUUCCCAGAAGAACUAUUUGCUGAUGCUGGAGUGCUUGCAAUAGAGCAUGCUGAUUUUGAUGGUAUUGAGCGACUUGCUCUUGUUACCGGCGGUGAGAUAGCAUCAACAUUUGACAAUCCGGAGUCUGUUAAGCUUGGGCACUGCAAACUCAUUGAAGAAAUUAUGAUUGGUGAGGACAGGUUAAUCCACUUUUCCGGGGUUGAACUGGGUCAGGCAUGUACCAUUGUACUGCGUGGUGCAAGCCCGCAUAUGCUGGAUGAAGCUGAAAGAUCUCUGCAUGAUGCUUUGUGCGUGCUAUCGCAGACAGUAAAUGACAGCAGAGUUUUACUUGGAGGUGGGUGGCCUGAGAUGGUGAUGGCAAAGGCAGUUGAUGAACUUGCCAGGAAGACUCCAGGGAAAAGGUCUCAUGCCAUUGAAGCAUUUUCUCGGGCACUUGUGGCUAUUCCAACUACCAUUGCAGACAAUGCCGGUUUGGACAGUGCUGAAUUGGUUGCUCAACUUCGCGCAGAGCACCAUAAGGAGGGAAGUACUGCUGGGAUUGAUGUCAUAUCUGGAUGUGUUGGAGAUAUGGCAGAGCUAGGAAUAUCUGAGGCAUUCAAAGUUAAGCAGGCGGUAUUGCUCUCAGCAACUGAAGCAGCUGAGAUGAUUCUGAGGGUUGAUGAAAUCAUCACUUGCGCUCCACGAAGGAGAGAAGACAGAAUGUGAAGGUGUGGUUCAUGAUUGGAACCAAGAUUUGUUAAAUCUGUUUCUACUCAAGUAGGUCUUCUGAAAUAUUUAGGGAGAGGGGUGUGGACCAUCAUGCUGGUGAGAUCAAAUUCAUUUUGAAAUCGAGAAAAUAUCACCGGAUAUUGGCAUAUCCGUUUUGUCUGAAUUUAUUUAACAUAUUCUCGCCAGACAAGAAUUUUGCAUUGUGGUUUCACUUAUGGGUAACCGGUGGUCGAUAGCACUUGUAUUUGUUUAUCCCUCUUUGCUGAGAAUUUUGACACGAAACUAUGAAAGUCUAGCGACUGGUAGUGUUUAUUUGCUGUGAAAGUUAUCGUUCAUAUAUUUCCAUUUAGCAAGCAAAUUUCUCAGCGUGAUC